ACCGCGGCUUGCGUCCGCCGCGUUCCGUUGCCGGCGCUCCGCUGCUGUUGCUUCAGCCUCGGGCGCUGAGCGCCACGGCCCGGGUGCAGGAUGGAGGCAAAGGCGGCCUCCACGCCGGCUACUGGUGGCGCCGGGUGCUCGGUGACGGCGGAGGAAACCGAAAAGUGGAUGGAGGAAGCGAUGCAAAUGGCCAAAGAAGCCCUAGAAAAUACUGAAGUUCCCGUUGGCUGUCUCAUGGUCUACAACAAUGAAGUUGUGGGGAAGGGACGAAAUGAAGUUAAUCAAACCAAAAACGCUACUCGACAUGCAGAAAUGGUGGCCAUCGAUCAGGCCCUGGACUGGUGCCACCAAAGUGGCAAGAGUCCUUCUGAAGUAUUUGAACACACCGUGCUGUAUGUCACUGUGGAGCCGUGUAUUAUGUGUGCAGCUGCUCUCCGCCUGAUGAAAAUUCCACUGGUGGUAUAUGGCUGUCAGAACGAACGAUUUGGUGGUUGUGGCUCUGUUCUAAAUAUUGCCUCUGCUGAUUUACCAAAUACUGGGAGACCAUUUCAGUGCAUUCCUGGAUAUCGGGCCGAGGAAGCAGUGGAAAUGUUGAAGACCUUCUACAAACAGGAAAAUCCAAAUGACUUAAAGGAUUAUUGGAAAUACUUGGAAGACAGCAGAUUGGCAUGCCUCAUGAUGAUUUGCACCCCUUAUUUACUUAUGGAGCAGUUGCCACAGAAGCCUCUUGAUCUUAUAUCCUUUUCAUAAAAUAAAUGUAUUACUAGAAACACCAGACGUUUCAGUGUUUGACUUAGCACUGAAAUAGCCCUGAAUAGAGUACGUUUAGCCAUUUUCAACCUUCUUCUGUGCUUCUCCAGUAUUUAUGCUGGAGUUACCUCAAAAAUGGAUUCAAGGAGAAAGCAUGAAUCUACAAGCAAUCCUUAACCUCAAAUAUUUGAUUUAUGUCAUCACAUUUAAGUAGUUCAGAAUCUGCUUAGAAAAGACAAGCUGGGGAGUUUGGCUUCUCUUUAUCCCUUUGAAAGAGUCAAACUUUAAGGCUUAUUAGUGAGCCAGAUUUUCCCCACCCAUAAGCCAUUCAGCAGUGGCCCUUUCUCAGUUUGCUUAAGGCAGUGUACAAAUAACUGCUUUAUGUCAUAGACCUGCUUCUACAAAAUUAAAAGUAAACCAAAUGCUAUUUGCUCCAAAAAAAAAAAAAAAAGGCCCUGUGAAU